AUGCGUUUUAUCACCACCAGCCUGCCUUUGGUGCUGGCUACAUCCGCAGCCCUCGCCGCCGCUCAAAGCGCAACAAUCACAGCCCCAAGCGGCAAUGAGCAAUGCACUGCUGUGCCAAUCGUCCAGAAAUGUAUCGCGAUAAUGCAAAAAGGACUCGACAAAUGCGCUAAGGAUGACUGGGACUGCAAGUGUUCAGGCGCAGCCAACAUCUUCGGCUGUUAUGCAGACUGCAUCGGCGAAGACCGCGUCUCAGCCGAACUCCUCAGCGAACACGACUGCCGCACAGCCAACGCAUAUGACAAAGGACUAUCCACUGUGGAUGAUGUAUGGACAACCCCCAGUCCCAAUGCUGUCGAGGCUACACCUACAGAAGCCUCUGCCGCUUCCGAGGUUACAAGUACCAGUGAGCCGACGAAGACUUUGAGUGAGGAGAAAGCGGCGGCGGAGACGUCGAAGGGUGCUGCAGCUGGGAGACCUGUUGGGAGCUGGUUGGCUCUUGUGGGACUUGGACUUGGUGUUGCUUUCUGA